UUACAAACAGACGAUACCAUCGCUUCAGCAGCAUCCUUUCAGACCAGAGGAUCUGGCUAAAGUGUGCAGAAUCUGGACUAGAACUUGUGAUCCUCCUGCUUCAACCUUCCAAAGUGCUGGGAUUAUAGGCAUGUAAUCCUAUCACCUGUUAUUGAAGUUUAUCGGUGUGGAAAUAGAAAGCAGAAAUACACUGAACCAAGGAGAUUCAAAAGAGCAGCACAAGAAGUUGAAUCUCUCAGAAUGGCUUCCAGCCACUGGAAUGAAACCACUACCUCUGUUUAUCAGUACCUUGGUUUUCAAGUACAAAAAAUUUACCCUUUCCAUGAUAACUGGAACACUGCCUGCUUUGUCAUCCUGCUUUUAUUUAUAUUCACUGUAGUAUCUUUGGUGGUACUAGCUUUCCUGUAUGAAGUGCUUAACUGCUGCUGCUGCGUAAAAAACAAAACUGUCAAAGACCUGAAAAGUGAACCUAACCCUCUUAGAAGUAUGAUGGACAACAUCAGAAAACGUGAUACUGAAGUGGUCUAGCCCUUGCCAGAACAGGAACAAAAUUUUUAAAAGCAGACUUCAGCCUCUUAUGAGAAAAAGAAAAUUUCCUGAGGCCAACUGAUACUACAAAGCUAAUUCUGACUCUGAAUGAUUAAAUGAUCUCCAGUAGAAAACACAAGUGAAAUAUGUACUUUGUGUGUGUGUGUGUGUAUAUGUACCUUGCAUUAAAUAUACAGUAAAACUUCAUAAAUGUGAAUUUACCAAUAUAUUUAAUGACACUUCAAAAACUGGAUAAAAUUCCUAGUUCUCAAUAUUGAGCAGCAAUAUUACACAUCCAUUCUCUUAAGGACUAAUAUAUCAAAUGUAGAAAAGACUGCAAAACAAGUAAAAAAAAAAAGCUAUUUAUUAGAGGCAAAGAAACAUGGCAGCUCUCCUGGGCAUGGUGGUACAUACCUAUUACCCCACCUCCACAGGAGGGAGAGACAAGACAAUCCCAAGUUUUAGGCCAGGCUAGACAAAUUAGACUCUGUCUCAAAAGUUUUAAACAAAUCCGGAUACGUAGUUUGGUGUGAGGCUCUGAAUUCAAGCCCUAUUCUACAAUUUUUUAAUUUAAAAACAGAAGUGUGGAAGUUUUACUGAAAUUCCAAGGGCUGUACAGAUAUUAUUUUAUCAUAUUAACACUGUUUUGCUAUUACCCUGAGGCAAAGCAAAGCAUGCUGGUAACCUCUACACUAUCAUUAGACCAGAAAUGAUACUCUUGGAAAUGAAAAAUUCAUAAUAUAAAACUUUUAAUAAAAUUAUAGAUUGUUACAAAUGUAUAUACAUAAAAGUAAAGCCUGAAAACAAACAGGAAAAAUUGGAACAGCUGACAUGUUAAGAGAACUGUGCGGCACAUGUGUAAGUGCCAAAUAGAUUCUCUGGUGUGAAAAACUGUAAUAGUACAUAAGAUCCUAAUGAGAUAACUGACAAUG